GUCGAGAUAAAAGUGACUUCCCCAUUUGCAGUUAUCACUUCAAUAAAUUGAUUUGAAGCUUCCAAAAGAACAUUUUGUUUAUACGUGACCUCCUUCGGUUAAGUUACCAAGUAGAUACCUGAGGAAUUUGAAUUGUUUGAAUUUUUUGCGCUUUUCACUUAGUAACCUUACCCCUCGUCAAAUUAAAGCUACUCCUACCGUACUCUAUGACGAUACGAUCAAUGGUCCAUCCCUCUUCUUAGCAUCCUUGAUGAUUGUUACAAUCUCCCAUUGUCGACCUUAUACUACUAAAAAUGACUUCAAGAACUUGUAAUUCAUGUCUGCGGGCGCUGAAGUUUCAAUCAAAACGUACUGCUAGGGUAAGGUUAACUUUUACUUCAAAAAGCGAGAAUAUUAAUCACUAACCUCUUUUAGAACAGCAUCGCGAAAUUCACCUCCAACCCUAAUUCCACUCGAGCCUUUGCAACGGCUAACGACAAAUAUGCAAAUCUCGCAGAAGUCAAUCAAACUCACGGAACAUCGAUUCCUCCUGUUACACCUCCUGCUGCCGCAGACAAGGCAGGCCACUCCUCACAUACCUCCCAAACCCUUGCGAGGGAAUUCCAAAAAGUUUCCGGCAAAGGCUUAACCGGAACGUAUACCGCAUAUGGAGCCACAGAAGAGCUAUAUAAAACUUGCGGUGCGCAAGCAGACUAUUCUAUACCACAGGCGUCGGAUCCAGAGGCGGAGAUGCCAAAGACAGAAGAAGGUGAAGACUUAGGCAUUGGUAAAGGCUGGUGGCAUGAUAGUAAGUCCUUCCCCCACAAGUAGAUGAUGUCAGUAUGACUAAUAUUUCCCAGAACUAGGAUUAAAACCUACCUUCAGCACUUGGUCACAAGUAACCAUGCUUCAUUUAUAUUUACUUUCUGUACGCCUUCGAUGUCUCCCUAGUACCGAAUCGCAGCCUUGGCAACAACAUCUUCUCGACCAUUUCUUCUAUGAUGCUGAGAAUAAAAUGACUAUCAAUCACAAUAUGCAUGCUCGUGGUACCCGUAACAAAUAUCUCAAAGAUAUGUUUGUUCAAUGGCGAGGUCUCCUAGCGGCUUACGAUGAAGGUUUGGCGAAAGGUGAUGCUGUGUUGGCGGCAGCUAUCUGGAGAAAUGUUUUCAAGGCAAACGAGGAUAUUGAUAUCAAAGGACUUGCGAUGAUCGUCAGCUAUAUGAGAAGUACUCUGCAAGCUCUGGAGAAACUAACAGAUCAGGAGGUCAUGAGCGGACAAUUGACCUUUAGAGACCCUGCAGAUGAAGCAAGUCUCGUUGGAGUUAAAAGCAAAAUUAUGGAUUUGCCACUUGAUAAGACUCCAGGGAAGAAAUUAUAGAUGGAAAAUGGUAAGGGAAGUAUACAAUAUGAGCGGUGUACUCAACUGUAUUUCAUAUAUUUGUAUUAUUAAUGAAAAAAGGAUGCCAUCAAAUAAAUGCAUCCAUAACUUGAUUGUUGAUGCGGGGAGAGGCGACAUGAACAGAGCCUGAUAACAUGGGGGAAAACAUUUACCAGGAAAAUAUUGUGUUUAAAGGCGUAUAGCCCAGAACCACGAUAUAACUCGGAAUAACAAGAAAGCAAAAAGCUCCAUGUUUCAGGGUAUGGCAAGUACUGUUUCCAUAGAUGUCGAGUUGUAUAGAUAGUACUCCCAUCAUCGUCUUAUCUCUCUAUUUCUGUAUUCUAGUAAUUAUCUAGUUAUAUCUUGAAUCGUAUAUACACACUACUCAUCUUCAAAUCCCAAUCCCCUACUGAAGUA